UAGAAUGUAACACCCUGCUGACUUUGUUUGUAGGAGUUACAUGAUGUGCUGCUUUUAAAGAUCCUGCUCGAACUUCUAUGUAUAUACACUCAUAUAUAUAGACACAUACACAUAUAGCAAUUCAUUUUUAUUUUUGUGUGUUUUGACCUGACUAAAGUAAUAGAUAGAUGAAGGAUUUUGACUUCUGCAGAAUUACGGAAUUUCUUCAACACAUUAUACAUGAAAAUCUUCAGAUUUCUAAUACCAACAUAGAAAGAGGAUGUGGACCUGACUAAAUGAGCCAAGCCUCCCAUCAUCAGGUGGUUUGGUUUAAAUGUGUCGCUGAAGAGUUUUGUCGUAGUUGCUGACUGUGGUAUAUAGUGGGCACUUAAGCCACAAGUAAACAUUACAGCUUUACCAAAAGGAUAGGCAUAAAUAGUCAUUCGUUUCACAGGAAGGGAGGGAAUUACCCUUUUCCUGAUUGUCAGGUAGUUAAACUCUGUCUUUCCAGAGUGGAUUUUAAUCGAUGAGGUGUUAAUUCAAACAAUGAGGACAAAGGAGCAGUGAAGAUUUUUUUUUUUUUAAAAAAGAACAGAACUGUAAACAGCUGAAUCCUCAAAAGGUAUAAAAUAGUAUUUCUCUGCUCUGCAAGUCCCACAUGCAGUGUAUGUUCAUGAAUGUAUGUCUGUCUUCAGUAUAGCUCUGGCAUAUUGCCAUACUUAAUGUAGAGUAAAAACUGCAAGACUUCAUUAACUUACCCUGUUGGAAAAGCACAAAUGACAUGGCAAAAUAAAAUACAACUUCCAAGUAGAAAAAGAAGACAUGGAAGCAAACAAGCUUUAUUAGAAGGAAGGCAGUAGCCAAGUGAAGCAGCUGGAAUCACACUGAAGUCACUCUGAACUCUGCAGAUCAUUCUUCCUUCUGCUGCAGAGCUCACAUCUCUGAUUUACAGUGCGUUUCAUUCCAAAGAGCUAAACAAGAAAGCAACUGUGCAACAUGACAUUUGAAGAUUUUGAGAACUACUCUUACUUCUACGACCUGCCUGAGGAAGAUGAAUCACCCCAGUCCUCCCUCAGCAUUGCCCAUAUGAUUUCCCUUUCCUUUUACAGUGUGGCAUUUCUGCUGGGAGUGCCAGGUAAUGCCAUCGUCAUCUGGUUUAUGGGCUUUAAGUGGGAUAAAUCUGUUUCUACACUUUGGUUCCUCAAUCUGGCCAUUGCAGAUUUCAUUUUUGUUCUCUUCCUGCCGCUCUAUAUUACAUACGUGGCAAUGGGCUUCCACUGGCCUUUUGGGAAGUGGCUCUGCAAAAUGAACUCGUUCAUUGCACUACUUAAUAUGUUUGCCAGUGUUUUCUUCCUGACAUUCAUCAGCCUUGACCGCUACAUUCGCCUAGUCCACCCAGUCUUUUCCUACAAGUAUCGGACUGUAAGGAACACCCUCAUUCUUAGUGGAAUCAUUUGGAUGUCAGCUGCAGUUAUUGGUGGCCCUGCCUUAUACUUUAGAGACACAGCUACAGUUCUCAACAAUGUCACCAUUUGCUACAACAACUUCCAUGUGCAUGACAGAGAACUUAUCUUGCUGACACAUCACAUUCUCAUUUGGGUGAGGCUUGCAUUCGGUUACCUCUUUCCUCUAGUGACCAUGGUCAUUUGCUACUCAUUGCUGAUUGUCAAAGUGAAGAGGAGAACUGUAUUGACUUCCAGCAGGCUUUUCUGGACUAUCAUUGCUGUAGUUGUAGCUUUUUUUGUUUGCUGGACACCAUAUCACAUAUUCAGCAUCGUGGAGCUGUCUGCUCACCAUGAUGAAAACUUGCAUGACUUACUGCAGGAUGGCAUUCCCCUCUCCACUGGCCUUGGUUUCAUCAACAGUUGCCUCAAUCCAAUCCUCUAUGUUCUGAUUAGCAAAAAGUUCCAGGCCCAGGUCAAGACAACAGUCUCUGAGGUGCUGAAAUUGGCACUGUGGGAGGUGAGCCGCUCAGGAACUGUCAGCGAGCAGCUGUGGAGCUCGGACAACACCCAUGCGCCUGUGCACUAUUGUGAAACUGCUCAGUGACUGUUCUUGUCACCAUCCCUCUCCAAAACAGCUGACAGGAGAUUUGGAGGUGUUCUUGACUUCACAUCUGCCAGUCAGAUGUGCAUCUUUGCAGAUACAGUUUUAUGUAAACAGCUGGCUUAAUUGCACUUGCUGCUUUCCUUGAAAGGUUUUUAAAGGACACAUCAUUUGGGUGUGGUGUACUUGCAAUGCACACACAGCCUGAACUGAAAGUUGUCAGCAUAAGUGGAAUUGCUCUAAUGGGGUUUUUGAUCAGGAAUGGUGUUGUAAUCCUGUUGUGUUGUUGCAAUUCCAUACCUCGUUGAUAUCAAUAGAGCACAUAAUAAAAAUAUUCCUCCUUGCUGUCACUGAUAACGCUCUUGGUUGAGGCAUUCUCAUUGAAGAGGUUGUGGCCAUAUAUCAAUGGGUCAUGAGUCUCCUGAUUGUCUAGUAUUGCCUUAAGUAGGAAUCACCUAGCUACAUCCCAGCUAAGCAAAGCUAUCCGUGGCUCCGCUCUGUGGUUCGAGAAGAAUCCCAAGACAGGGAACACUGAAUCACUGCCUUCUCUUGUCAAAAAAGAAAAACAUGGAAAUAAAUUCUGUUUUUUCCCAGUGCUCUUUUGUCUUAUACUCAAACCUAAGACAGGAGAUCCUGUGUUUCCUGGUCACUUAUUCUUGUGCUUUUACCACCAAUUGGGUGCAAAAUACUGAGCAGAUGUUUCAUAUAGGUAUUAGGUUCCUCUGAAAUGUGCAAAGAAUUAGUGAAAUGGUUUCUGACAGAAGCUGAGAUUAAAGGCCCCCUGCCACACUUGUUCUUUUUCUAUGUUUAAACUUCCAGGCUCAAAGAGGUUUACAACUAUCAGUUGCUCUUUGUUGCUCUUUAUUUCUCUGUCAAACAAAGGUAAAGAAAUAAUGUAACAUUUUGUUUGCCUUAAUGCCGAUCUUCAAAAAAUGGGCAGAGUGAAUUAAAUAAUAGUCUGUUGCAAGCCUGUAGCCAAAUUUGGACGACUUUACCAAAUGAGAGGCAACGAGUACAUCCAGGAAAUGGAGUCCACUCCUGUAACAAAGAUGAAGUAGUCCCAGUUAUGCUGUAUUCUGUUCCAACUUGUUGCUUGCUGUAGAAUCACACAUGCAUCAAUGCAGACAUAUAUGCUGAGUGGACCAAUUUAUGAUGCAAUACCACAUAACUUAAAGAGUUGAAUGUAGGAUAAAACUCCACUAGAAGUAAAAGCAUAAAGCUUUGGGUAAAUUUGAACAGGUUUUUCCUUGUUAUUGGCCUAGGUAUACAGAGUAAAACUGCCUUUCAAAUAAUCUACCUAGUUCCUAUGGCCUGCCAACACACAUAAGCAGCACUUAUACUGCAAUUGAGGCCUUAUAUGUAAAUAUAUUUGCUUUUGUAUAAAAUAUAUAUUUAUAUAUGCAUGCAUAAGCACAUCCAGUAUUGGUAGCUGUACAAAUAGAAACAGUCUGACUGUGGUCUGUAACUGUUCCUUUGGGCUCUGGUUUCAGAGUUUGGGAGAGUCAGGCACAAUCAGUGGAAUUUCAAUGUAUUUCAGUUUGGACUGGAAAGUUGGUAAGCAGCACUCUUCCUUUGAGUCAUUUGCUGCCUGGUACAUAGUGACUCAUCAUAGUAUUUUGGCACAGUGCUGCUGAAUGUGCCUAAAUCAAACAUUUUGCAGUUUUUCUUCACAUGUUCCCUGACAUCUUUCUAAGAAUGAUGUAUUAGUACUACUCUCCUGACUGUACUCCAAGUGAAGUAAUAAAUUUUUGUUGUUCCAAA